GCUACAGAGAAAAUGUCACUCUUAAAAAAAAAACUCAAAUACUCUUCCAAAUAUUCGCAUCCAAAAAACUAUUCACUUGUCCACCUAAACAUCAAUUAACCCAACAAAGUAUUCUCUUUCUUGGAUCUCUGAAAUUUUGUUUCCUAUUUCUUCUCAAAUUUGCUCGAAAGAUCUAAAUCCAAUUACUUCCGAUUUCGAUCUAUGGAAUUAUGAAAGCUCUUUGUUGGCUCUGUUCUCAUUUCAAUAAGGGGAUUUGCGAUUUACGAUUCAGACUCGGCGAUUCAGAAAAAGAUAGUGAAUAAGCACAAAAAUAAACAGAUAUGGAGUUUAUCAUUUUCAAGCUCAGGUUUGAUUGAAGGAUUUUGUUGAAAUAGUAUCAUGUAACUUUUCUUAAGAUACAUUUUCCUUCAAUGAUGUUGUAUAAAUGAUUUGGCUCACAUUGUCAUCUCUUCUAUCAUUGUUGGUCAUUUUGAUAUUUGAAACUCCUUUGUGAGAACUUUUUUGCUGAUGCGAGCCACUAAGUAAAUAUUUUCAUAUACCUCAAUUUAUGAGACUAAUAUUUAACAGUGAUAGUGGUUAAUGUCAUUGAGAGUAUACAUGAUACAAAUUUUAAAAAAUUUAAGCACUUAUAGUGCAAUUAAUUAGCAAUUCUUUUUGGUCUAAAGUAUUAACCCUUUUGGUUUUAAUGAGAAAUUAAGGGUUUUGUUAAAUUUGAGUUUAGAUUGUUUCGGAGCUCAAACUAAUAAUACAAGAAAUCUUAGUACUAGUAAUAGCAGUCUAAUUAUUUUCUGUAUUGUUCCAUUUUUAUGAGAUGUCGCCAAAGGAGUAAGUUAGAUCUUAAUUCUUUUGAAAUAUAAGUGAGCAGAAUAAGAGCCUGAAAAUGUUCCUUCACUAUUCCUUCUGAAACUGAGUUUAUAUAUGCAUGCAGUGCAGUGCGUCUAGCUUUGAGUGGCGUCAUUGUACGCUUAGUACUAUGAAAUUCUUUUGUUUUCUAUUUGGCUGUUCUAUUGCGAAUUUUAUCAAACACAUUGAAUGCUCUACAAAGGGACAAAAAAUAUCAUCAAAACCACGUCAAUAAAAUAGAUGUGAUAUGUUGUGAUAUAACAAUAAAAAUUGAAGUGUUAAAUAGGUGUAUAAAAAUCUAACAAUGUACGUAUAUGUUUGUUAUUUGUAAAUUAAGACCAAACUACUUCAAACUACGCAAUUUAAUUAGUUAAUAAAAACAUGUCUAUAAUAAGUAAAUAACUAUUGAUGAGAUCUAUUAAGCUCAGUUUUAAAAUAGUAUGGGGAUUAGGCAUGUCAGGUCUUGCAUUACUUAUUUCCUCUUUUCAUAUUUUCUUACACCAAAAUAGUUUGUUAACAUGAUACAAAUCUUUAUAAAUAGGUAAAUGCAAAGAUAAAUGAGUUUUGUGUAAUGCAUAUUGGCGCUAUGAAUAUGAAUAUGCUUGUAAAGUUGAUGCAAACAUCUAUCAAUGUAAUGCUACAAUAAUGCAGAUCAUGUCAUUUUUUUAGUCAAGUAACAAACUUCAUCAAUAUUUGGAAGUGGGAAGGAAUCUAAAUAUAAACACUAAAAAUCAAUAUUUGCAUUCGUUUGGCUUCAUAAAAUCCUUUAGAGAUCUUUAAUCUUUUCAUGACUAUUGUUGUAUUCUUUUUUUGCCACUAGCUUCUCCAAAUGCUGAUGAACUGUCAGGUAUUUUGGUUAUUUAACUUCACAUCCUUGAUCUAUAGUUUAACUAUUUCGAUUGAGGUGUUUAAAGACAGAUUGUUAGAGUAUAUUAUCAUUUUAAAAAAUUUCAUUUAGAAUUUUCUGUCUCUCCAUCUUCGUCUCAAAUUUGGCUGACUAAGUUUACUUUCUUUGUUUCUGGCUCUCCAAGUAUGUUUGGAUGGAACAUUACCAAGGUACCAUUUGCAUCGACGAAAUAAAUCAGGUGCAAAUAGUUGGCUUGUUAAUUUAGAGUUUGUUAGGGAGGAGGAUGGUGUAACAAUGUUAGAACAUGCGUUUAUCCCAAAAAACACGUCGUGGAUCGUCAUCAUUCAUAGAAAAGGAGAUACCAUUCCCGGGAAUACUGAGAAAUAAAGCUGAAGAAAAUCUAGAUUUUUUCAAUUGGAAUACAGUAAAGCUUUUUUAUUGUGAUGGUGGCUCAUUUACUGGGGAUGGUGAAGAUCAAUGCUUCUUUCCUCAGAAUUUGAUUAACAGUGUUAGAACUCCACUUUUUCUUCUUAAUGCUACUUAUGAUUCAUGCCAGAUGUACAAUUUUGGUUGUAAGCCAUGGGGAUUCCCUGCAAAUCUUGCAAACAGUUAUGCUUGAAGCUAAUAAACACAAGAGUCCCUCUUAUGAUGACUUAGCUUCAAUUUUAGAGGCAAUUCAUGUGGCUCUGAUCAGCACCGCCAAUACGCACUGUAAACCGGAGAGCUCAAGGGAGUCAUUUAAAGUCUAGCAUAAAGCCAACUUAUUUUUUUGGUUGGAUUUGGAUCCCUUAUUCCAUUAUUUAAUUUUUAUAUUCAUAUUCAAAACUUUUUGGAGUAUUUAUCAAAUAUUUUGUUCAGGAAGAUGAUUAUUGUUCUUUAUGAAAUUAGUUUGCAAUUUAUCACAAUAAAUAUUAAGAAACUCAUUAUGUCUUAUGUUGAAA